CCCGCCCCCUGUUUCCAGAAAUGGAAGCAACAGCAUUCACUUACCAAACCCCGUGAUGAGAGAUAGAGAGAGAGGGAAUGGGCGAGAGAGUGGGAGUGAGCGAGUGAUAGAGAGAGAGAUAGCAAACGGUGAAAGACUGCGGUUUUCUAGGGUUUUUAUAUUUCUCUUCGUUCUCUGCUGUCGUACUCUCUCUCAUGGAUAAAUGCGAAGACUCCAUGAUUGCCCGCGGGUUUCCCAAUGAGUUGCGGGUGCUAGCUGUCGACGACGACGCCUUUUCGCUCAAAAUGCUUGAGCGGCUCCUCCUUGAGUGCGGAUACAAAGUUACCAUUGCCCAGCAUGCACAUGAUGCUUUGAAACUGCUAAGAGAGAACAAAGAUAUAUAUGAUCUUGUGAUUAGUGACGUUAAAAUGCCGGACAUGGAUGGGUUUAAGCUUUUGGAGAUUUUGGGCCUUGAGAUGGACUUGCCUGUAAUUAUGCUCUCUGUAGAUUGUGAUUUUAAGAGUGUGAUGAAAGGAAUAAUGCAUGGAGCGGUUGACUACCUUCUUAAACCUAUACGGCUAGAGGACAUUAAGGUCAUCUGGAAGCAUGUGGUCAGGAAAUCAUUAAAGGAAAAGAAAGGUUCUUAUGAUCUUUGGAACAAACUGGAUCAUGCAAGGACAUCACAAGAUGUUCCGAUAAAAGAUUUCAAGAGCCAUGGAAAGGAAAGAGAUCAUGAUGACAGUGAUGACUCUGAUGAUGAAGCGACUGCACAAAAGAAACCUAGAGUUACAUGGACCGCUGAGUUGCAUGCUGAAUUCAUCAAUGCUGUCAACCAACUAGGGCUUGAUCGGGCAGUACCAAAGAAAAUACUUGAUAUCAUGAAUAUCCCAGGGCUUAGCCGUGAGAAUGUAGCCAGUCAUUUACAGAAGUAUAGGAGAGGUCUUAAAAGGAAUGGAAUGGGACUUAGCGAACACUUCAAUACUUAUGCUGGCACAAGUGUAUAUGCUGGGAGCUCAGAUUUCAUGACUCUUAACAGUCGAUGUUCAGCCAUCAGCUUCGAAAAUUUUGGUGUCAAUGGAUGCAAAACUAUGCUUGCACCUUCCACGUACUAUCCUGCUCAGCAAUUUCCUAGUGGCCGUGCUACCAUGCAACCAACAUGGUUUACUCAUCCUUUUAACGGUCAGAAUGAUUUGAAUCGAAAAUAUGCAAAUAAUACAAAGUCAAGCGAAGUGAUAACUGGACCACAACAUUCAAUUAAUCCACAAACAGACCAAUUUGUAACUGAAAACCCAGGUCUUAUACGAAAUUCCUUAGUGAUGAAUGCACCAACUCAAGCAUAUAAUGACUUAGGCUUUCAGUCUUUCCUUCGAAGGUCAAAUCAACUGAAUUCUUAUACACAGACUUGUCAACUUCCUUUGCCCGCUGAUCUAAACUCUUGUCUAAGUUCAGCCAAACAACUCGGAUAUGCAGAAGGAAGUCCAAAAAUUGGCACAUUGUUCAGCAAUAUCCACUUGGAAGGAUGUGAUUCGGAUGACAACUUGUCGAUGGAGUUGAAUACAAUGCUUCCCUCGGAACAAAAACAGCAGCAGUUUAGUUCUUGCUCUGGGUUAGAUGUAGAAAUGGGAGCAAUAAAUGACACUUCUUUGGUGGAUGCUUACAGCAAUAUCAAUGAAAAUCUCAAUCAAAGAAGCCCUUUAAAUUUUACAACUGUUUCUGCAAGGAGUUCUUCCCCUGAAAUUAUUGCAUGUUUAAAUGAUGUUGCAUAUGAAGAUGAUCUUCAUGCAGCACUCAGGCAGUUUAGUAGAUCUUAAGUUUAGAAGCCUGCUGCUGGAGAAAUCAUAAACUGUGGCUGCUCUUCUGCCAUUCUGUUUUUCUUUCUCAAUAUCCGGUUGAUUCGUGAAUGAUUUAGCUUUAUAUUAGG